GCGUUAUAUAAGGCCAGUCCUUCAGCUUUAAUUUUCAUACUUAAAAACACAGUAGGGUUUUACAUACAGACCAGAGUGAUUGCAGGUUUUAUAAUGUCUUGUCUUUGGACUGUAAUCUUUCUUAGUUUCAUAUUCCUUAACCUCUCAGAAGCUGAACACAAAAACGAGCUUCAUUCUGCAGUUGUUGUCGGUACUGUCUACUGUGACACAUGCUUCCACCAAGAUUUCUCGAAGGCCAUUCACUUCAUCUCAGGUGCAUCUGUUGCAGUAGAAUGUGAGGUCUCAGGUUCAAGGCCGGGUUUUCGACAGGAAGUGAAAACAAAUGAACAUGGAGAGUUCAAGGUUAAUUUACCUUUCUCAGUGAGCAAACAUGUGAAAAAGAUCAGGGGAUGCUCAGUGAAGUUAAUCAGCAGCGGAGAGCCAUUUUGUGCAGUGGCUGCCACCGCAACUUCUUCUUCUUUACAUCUCAAAUCAAGAAAGGAAGGGACACGCAUUUACUCAGCAGGGUUUUUCACAUUCAAGCCAUUGAAGCAGCCAGAACUAUGUGAUCAAAAACCAGUGAUCAAGGAUUCAAAAGAAUUGGAUUCUGAGAAGUCCUUAAUUUCAAAUCCUAAUGAUCCCACAUUUGCACCACCAAUUCAAGAUCCCCCCUCUGAUCCACCGGCAUUAGGCCAAAUCUUGACACCAUUGCCGCCUCUGCCCCAGCUCCCCAACCUGCCACCACUUCCAGGAAUGCCAAAUUCGCCACCAGCAGUGCCCAGAAAGCAAACAACGCCCAAGGACUCUACAAUAGCAUCCGAAUUAGUAGAUAAAAAAGUGGCUGAUUCUUUUUUCUUCCCACCAAAUCCAUUUAAUCCACCAUCUAUACUGCCUCCCAACCCCUUGCUGCCACCACCAUCUAUACUUCCUCCCAACCCCUUACUGCCACCGCCAUCCAUACUUCCUCCGAACCCAUUUCAGCCUUCACCAUCCAUACUUCCUCCAAUUUUCCCAUCACCCCCUCCUUCAAUAUUUCCUCCAAUUCUCCCUACACCUUCGCCACCGUCUUUCAAAUUCCCACCAUUAAUACCAGGUUUAACUCCAUCUCCACCACCACCCUCACCGACGUUUCCAUUUGUUCCUCUCCCUCCAUUUCCCUUCCAACCCACACCAGGAUUCCCCGGACCUGGAGUGCCACCGGCUGACGUUCACUCUCCGUCAAAGACAACCUCUCCUUGAUUGUUCUGAAACAAAACCAUAUAUGUAUAAUUCACUAAUAAUGUCACUCACAGUAAACUCAGUUAUUUCCUUUCUUUUGACUAUAUAUAUUAUAUGUGUGUGUUUGUGUAAUGAUUGGUGAUCAUCACUGUUUAGCUUAACCUGCAGUUCUCUCAAUUACAUAGCAGUAUGUAAAUUAACUUUUUGUUGUUGAUGAAGAAAUAAUGAAGAAAAUUUCAACCAA